AUGGCUAUGGCUGGGGGGUCACCGUCCGGCUUAAAUAGCUGGACUUUGGCUCUCAUGCGGCAACUGCCGGAGGAGAUGCUCGCCGAACCCUCAAGUUCGAGGCCAACCUCCACUAGUGAGGGUUUGGGGCAAGUCGAAGGCCCAACCCUCACCUGGUCAACUCUGUGCGUGGGAGGGAAAAUUCCCAAGCCUCCUCUCCCCGCCGUCGGCUUCAUCCGCGCCACCGCCGGCUUCAUCCGCGCCGCCGCCUCCGGCCAUGGAGCCUCUCCAGCCCCCGGUCACCCCUCCGCCGCUCCUCCGCCGCCGGCUUCAUCCGCGCCCGCGCCCGUGGCCGCGCCCGUGCUCGCCCCCGCCCCGCGCCUCCCGCCUCCGGCCACCUCGACCGACGCCGCCGUGGCGGAGAUGGUGACGGCCACCCACAUCGGCCAAAAACGGAGGUGGGCGGGCACCCACGUCGUGCCAAGCAAGCCGCCCGUGCCCCCCCCCCCCCCCCGCGGCGAAGGCGGCGAAACCGGCGGGGAAAGCAGCGAAGCCCGCCAAGCCGGCAACCUCCACCGUGGCUGCUCCCAAGCGCAAGGAGAAGCAGCUUGCAAGCCGCAAGCGAGGGGCAGAGCAUACCGCGACACCGCCACCGCCACCGUCGAGCACGGCCGCUCCAACGCCGCCAACCACGACCGACGUGUUCGAUGA